CUUCCGGUUGGCGCAGCGUCAUUACCAUAGCAACAGAACGCUUGUGGUUUCGCUGUUUUGUCACAUCGGAGCAAAAACUCCUAUAGACAUGAACUUUCCAGCUUCGCAUUACGGUGAUCUUGAUGAUAGGAAUCCCGUCCUCAUCGCUUUCAGACGGGACAUCAAGUCGUUGGUGUCGUUGAUGAAACGUCCGGAUGGUGGCGCACAGGUGAAAGGGGUCAGGCUUCUUGUGGAGAUUUGGAAACAGUACAAACACAGACUUCCAGCAAAGUGCUACCAGGAUCAGAUGCUGCAGACUGCAGACUUCCUGUCUGAAAUUAAGAUGCAUGAGGUUGCUCUGUGGCAGGGCUACAGCCUGCACUUACAGCAGUUCAGCUCAGAGGAAAUCACAGACAUCAGUGAUUUGGAGCACUUCCACGCCUGUUUCUUCCCUGAAGGCCUUGAUGUGGACCAAGAUGUUGUUUCCAUGAAGGUCCGUGCGAUGCUUGGCUGUGCCCUCUGUACUUUUGAGCUGGAGAAGAAACACGGCGUCCUGAAGCAGAAGGGACUCUGCAAACUCCUGCGUGUGUUGAGCUUCAUAAGGAUCAUGAUGCAGGCCUUCCAGCAGCAUGACCACCUCUCCUGGCACAUAUACAACGGCUCGUCACUCAUUUACAACAUCUGCCGUUACCUGAUGACUAUGAACUGCAGUGCAGAGGCCUUGGAGUAUCUUCUGUGGGCAAGCAUCAGCGUGGAGUUGUCUGUCCCCCUGAUGACGGCCAAAUAUCUGCCUCUGAGCGUCACUCUGUACUGUGCUGGCUGCUACUGUUACUAUGACAACCAGGCUGCGGCGCAAGCAGAGGAAUUUGCCAGGAGAGCUCUGGGAAAAAUUAAUGAACGAGCAGAAGAGGAGGAGCAGAGUGACACUGCCACCAGCACGGAGGCUCAGAGAGCUUAUAAAGAAGCUUCUAUCAAGCUCAGUAGCCUGGUGUUCAAGAGGGCAGUUUUUGAAGGCAGGAGACCCAAAUACAAGACGAGAAUCCAAUCCAAAAGCUCCCUGAAAGACUUUGCCAGUGGGCCUAGACCUCGCACUUCCACAGAGAAGUUGCUGACGUCCAUGUUUGACUCCACCGCGGGGCAGUUUCUGGGCAUUUUAGAGGCUCUUUGGGACAGCAGCACACGGCCCCUGCAGACGAGGAUACUGGGCGAUGUGGAGCUGCAGGAGAUCGCCCUGGAACUGCUGUCCGCCGGCGUCCGCAUACUAUCCGGAUCUCCAGGUGAGCAGAAGUGUGAGGAGCAUCUGGUUCUUAAUCCCAUCAUCCUGACACCGACUUCAACUCUAAUAGAGCUGGCAGUGACAGGUGAACACAGGAUUCCCAUCACCUCAGCUGUGAGGUUUCUCAAGUUACUGUUUCAGUACAAGCAGUUGGACGUCUUUGCUGACCUUUCCAAACAGAUGCUACACAUACUGUCAGAUGUGAAAGGUCAGGCUUUCAGGAAGGCCGAGAGAGAGCUAGCUUUACUUCACAGCUACAGCAGUUUGUUCUUCCAAAAAGGCCGACUCAGAGAUCAUAUAAGUGACGUCAGAUCCAAGUCUUCAGUUUUCUUGACUGAUGAGAUCUCUGCUCUGGUAAACACCCUGCAGAUGUCCAUCUGUGGCGCUGAUCCUGAGCUGCAUCCAGAUGUCGACUUGGUUUUGGAUGUCAUCUUAUUCCUAUGGAAUCAGGUGAAGAUGGUUAUGCAGAAUGAUCAGCUUCAAGCGUCAGAGUUUUCACAAUGUGAGCAGAGGACAGACAGCUAUCAUAAGUGGCUGUGGUGUCUGAGCGUUCUCUGUGAAGUGGCCCUCGCCUGUCCGCUAGCAACAGUCAACUGUACCAUGACAGCAGAGAUGAUCUGCACCCUGGCCAUUCAGCUAGAAAAAGCCUCUGGUUCAACCCGAGGUCCAGUCUUUGGCUCGAUGGAGAUGACCAACGCACAACUGCUUCAGAGGGUGCAUGAUAUGGUGAAGAAGGGUCUCCUAUCUCUGUCAAAGGGUGUCUCUGCUCUGAUUCCUCAAGAUCUUUCUGCAGUCACAGACUCCGCCUUCUUUCAGAAACUGGGCCCACUUCAUCCACCCUCAGCAUCAGCAGAAGAGAUAAAAAGAAUGAAUGAAAAUAGGUGGAAGAACACAGAAGGUGAGGAACCGGAGGUGGAGUUUGAGCCUUCUACGAAUGUGUUCUUGCUGGCCAGAGACCUUCAUCUAGAGCUGGAAAUCAUCCUCCACAGGGUCUCUGUCAAGCUGCUGCAUCUUCACUCAGUUGAAAAACCUGAGUUGAUGGACUGGAUUAAGAACAACAAAGUGUCCAAAGCUCUUUUUCUGAUCCAGAAGGCCUUGCUGGAGCACGACUCCGAGAUGAUGACUGACAGCAACACAACAACGAAUCUCCUCGAGGAGGCCUUCAGCUUGAUGGAAAAAGCAGAACUUGAGGAGAAAAAACUUUACAUGACUUUGUGCCAAACUAAACAGAAGCCCCAUCAAGAGGGCAAAGCCCCCAAACCAAAAGGAGAAAGCCCUCCACCUGCUCCUGUCCUCCUUUCCCGCACUGACCACACUUUUACUUUUGCUCCUGCUCCAUAUGACUUGGGAGAGCAGGUGUGCUGGUACCAGCUGUUUGGCCGUGUAGCUGAAGGCAUCAACAAGACGGUCCGUCUGAAUGACUGCAUUCUGCCAGGAACUGGACUUAUGGUUCUGGUGGGUUCUGGAGGGUGCGUGAUGAGGGUUGAGGGUCUGCAGCCCAACCAGAAGUACGUGUUUGCUGUAGCCGCCUACGACAGCGAGGGUAGGCUGCUGGGCAACAGCAUAGGACAGACGACCGUACCUCUGCUGGCAUCCGUGCCAGUCCAGCUGCUGGCCACCUGGGCUCACCUGGCUCAGGCGGCUUUCCAAACAAACCAAUAUGCUGCAGCUAAGAGAGCCUGCAGGAAGCUUUGGAGCCAUUAUAUCCACCCCAGCUCUAAAUCCAGCAGCCUGUGGGAUAGACUUACUGCUACCAGCCUGCAUAAAGCAACCAUCCAGCAGUCUUCCCCUCACCUAUGCAACCUGGUCCUGACCUCCAUCUUCAUCGAGACAGAAAUCAGCAUCCAGGAGGGGGCUCUCCGCUGUGAAACCCUUAGCAACAGCAGCCCGUUUGUUUGGGACCAGGACGCCAGACUGGCAGAGUGUGAUCGGAUGCUGGUGGCCAUAGACCUGGCUUUGUGUCUGAAUGAUGGGAGCUCAGCUGUGCAGGCUGUAGUUACCUGUUACGGCCUGCUGGCUCCGCUAAUGUUCCAUCAAAUCAUACAUGGCAACGUGGUGCAGGUGCUGCAGAAGUGUUUGCUGGUCCUGGAGGAGAAUUCUGGUGUCCUCAUACACUCAUGGACUGGAGCGACCACAGAGUCCCUCCUUUACAUGACAGCUUGCAUCACUUUCUACCUCUCAAAAGUGCUGCGGUUGCUCAGAAAGCAUCAACUGGCUGCAGCGGUUCUGGACCGCGGGCGCCGGCUGCUUCAGGAAGCCACUGAUGCUCGGCUGCAGAUGAGCAAACAUUCCAGUAAAGCAAAGACGACUGGGGCGGACGGCACAGUCAGCGAUUCGGUGAUGAUCCGGCGGCAGUUUCAAGCGCUGAACACAAAACAAAGAAGAAGCAGGAGCACCUGUGAGGCAGAAGUCACCUCCGGUAACUGUCCUCCAGCCCCGACUGUCCCAGAGGACCCCAUGGUUCUGUGUGAUCUGAUCUACAGCUGCACCUUACAGGAGGCCCAUCAGGAAGUGAUGAAAAUCAAGUGGAAGACAUAUUUUCUUGAGUUUGCGGCUCUGUUCCUCCAGCGGACCCUGGAGGAGGGUCACCCAGACCUGGUUCUGAAGUGGGGGGAGAACAUUCUUCAGUUUCUCUUCAGGCGUGAUGAGAUGAUGGGACUAUCGUCUAAACAUCUGGAGGCUAAAAACAGUAAAGGCGGAGCUGAAACUGACACGCCUCAGCAGAAUAAGAUGUCUGUUCCACAUGAAGAACUGAGGAAGAAGCUCAAGAAAAAGCUGCCGUGCAGCAUGAUGAGGCAUGUCAAAACCUACAGAGAGCUCUGCACCGUGGACAACCUGCUGACCAUGAUGUCAGAUGUGGUGCGCCGCAGCAAGAAGCGCCUCCAGCUGAGGAACCUGUGCUGGGAGGAGAGGCCGUGGAGGUGUCAGGUCCACCGCUGCAUGGCCCAGGCCCAUCUAGCUGCUGCUCACCGGGACAUGGAGACUCUGCAGCACAGCUACAGCCAGUUCGACCCUUUGUAUUUCUCUCUGGCUUUCACUGGACUUCUGAUCAAGAAGCGACCCUCAUCCAGACAUAAGUCAGAAGGCAUCCCCUGUCCCUCUGAUCUGGGAGAACAGGAGGAGAAAAGGGAAAAGAAAGUAGUUCGAUUUGAUACCUCUGGGGAAAGAUGUGUGGAAGGAGGACGCUUUUCCCCAACAGUCGACCUGCAAAUAGACAGAAACUCUCCAGUGAAUUCCCUUAAACUUGCCGCUUCACAUCUUCGCAGAUCUAUGGUUCUGGCACAUCGAGGUGGUGACUGGACUCUGCUGCUGUGUGUGUGUCACACGGUGUGGAGCCACAGCUGUAAAAUCACAUCCCAGCUUGAGGCUCCUCCCCCUUUCACAGAGGACCAACUGCAGCACAUCUUCACUCCUCUACUAGUGCUAGCCACAGAUCUAGUCAUGGAUAUGCUAAACAAACUAGAGCUGUGGAGUUUGUAUGAUCGCGACUCGACAGAGGAAGAACUAGAGUCCAGUGUCCACUUCUCAGCUCCUCUGGACGACGGCAGUCAGGUGGACCUACGCUGGGUUCGCUCUUUAGUCCUGCACACCCUGGAGCGCCUCCAUAGCUGUGAAAAAUGGGAAAGUUUGUCCCACUUUGCCUUACUUUUCAACUCAUACACUCGGGAGCGCUACGCCCUGAUUGUGGCUCCUCUGCUCCUUCAUGCUCAGAGGAGCUUGAUUGAAAGAAUCCGCUCAGUGGGGGGGCCGGCAAUCCCGCAGCCCCACCACGUAAAGACACAGCAGAGCACGGGCAAAGAGGUGACCAACAGGAGUUACUUUCACUGCCAGCUGCUCAGCGGAUGGAGUCCUUCUGAGCUUCCCAUUGAUGAAGACACGUCUCACACAAACGUCUUUCCCAGAGAUGGAGCUUCACUCAAAGCUGCAGAGAAACAGCGCUCCUUGUCUCUCGUGUGCGUUCCUCUGGAUGUGGAAGACACUCUGAGCGGUUACCAUCGAGCCUUGCAGAAAACUCCACACUGCCUUCAGGUUCUGCAGCAUAGCCGCUCCUUACUGCUGCUGCUCCUGGCAAACACGCAGCCCUACUUGACGCAGCUCCAGUCAGCAGGUCGGGUGAGCUGUAGCCCCGUGGUCAAGCCCACUCCAAACAUCCGUCCAUGUGAGCCCAGCGGGGAAGACUUCAGCACUCCAGACGCCAUCUUUGGCCUUCCUGUCAGACCUGACUGCAUACCAACUGUUGUUGCUUCCUAUUCUAAUUCCAUCAAGUGUCUCAGAGCCAGUGGCCACAAGUCCCUCAGUCUUUUGGCUUUGCGUGACAUGGGAAAUUUACAUUUCUAUGCUGGAAACGUGCAGGCGGCUCAGAGCUGCUGGAUCCAGGCUGUGGACUGCGCCCUUCAGAGCUCAGGUGUUGUGCAGAAAUGGGAUGGCGUGUCCUUUGGAGGAGGCUCCAUGCCAAAAACUGUGAAGCACGCUGGUGUUUGGGGGUGUCUGCAGGCCGCUGUGAUCGCAGCUAAAAUAGCACAGUUCAUCCUAACGUCUGAUAUCAACCAGCGAACCAAAUGUUGCCUGUUGUCUUCUCACCUUUUUAAGUGUGUGCUGGGCUGCUCCAUGGCUCAGCCACAGCUUGAUCUCCAGUACGCCUCCCACACCAUCAGAGAGGAGCUGCUCCCCGGAGUCGACCUUUUCUCCGAACCUCGCAGGCUCCACGUCAGCUCCGUCGUCUCCAGCCUCCACUUUGUUUGUCGCUGGCUCUUCAUGACUGGCCACCAUAUUACGCUGCUGCCCCUUCUUGCCCUUUACCUCCACUUUGUUGGCCCGGUCUGCAGAGAUGUACGGCGCACAGUUGAAGGCAAAAUUCUCAAAGUUCGUGUCCUCACUGAGCUCCGUAUGUUCAGCGAAGCUGUGAUGGAGGUCAUCCAACUCACACAGGGAGCAGGCAUCUUCCUACCGUGUGGUCCUUUCAUGGCUAAAACAGAUCUCCAACCAAUGGCGACAUUCUACAACAAUAAAUCUCUUCUGGACAACAAAGAGGCUGUAGAAACCCUUAUGAAUUGUGACUUUGCUCCUGAGAUCCAAACAAUGUACGGUCCAUCGCUCUGCACCAGCUUCAGCCUGGCUCGCGUCCAGCUAGUCCUGGCCCUCAGCGAGACACUAAGAGGUCUUCCAGAUCCAGAUCCUAAAGAUUCACAUGCUACAAUCUUAGUGGAGUCGGAGUCCAGCGUAAAGGAAAGAGCGGACGAAGAACCAAAACCACCGAAGCAAAAAACGUUCUUACUUUGUCAUGAAGAGAGUCAGCUCACAUCAGAAAGAAUUAAGAUUGUGUUACUGGAAGCAGCAUCCUCUCUGUUGACCUCCACCACAGAACAGCUGGCAUCGCUGCCCUGCAGUGAGGAGGAGAAGCUGGAGCUCACUGUGGAGUCUAGUCUUCUUAAAGCCAACCUCCACCUGCAGCAGGGACGUCCCAAACUCAGUUUUGAUGCUGCAGUUUCAUCUUUAGUCCUUCUACAAACAUCACCUGUGACUAUUGGAGCAUCCAACUCUGAACUUACAGAGGUUUUACAGGACCCAGUGAUGGAUACUCAGCCCAGAGACUGUCCUGGAGCUGCCGAGGCAGCCGAGAGAAUCGGUCCGUCUCUGUGGCUGCGGUGCCGCCUGGCUCUGGUACAAAGCCUGGUUGCCAGUAUCCACACAGAUGCAACUCUUCUCCCAGGUAAGAACAUCAAUGAAGAGACGGCGCGGCUGCUGCAGGAGGGUAUUGAGGAGUGCGUUGGAUGGGGAGACCGUGACACUCAGGCUUUGCUGCUGAUGGAAUCUGCUGAGCUGGAAGCACUGAGAGGAAAGACGCAAGAGAGUGUAGCGGUGCUGCAGGAAGCGGUGGCUCUGCUGUCGGAGCCCGCCUGCAUGCCUCCGGGCUCCAUGCUGACUUUAGCUCGAGCCGCUUUGCUGCUCAAUGACAUUCAAGAACAUCAGAGCUCCUCACUCCUCCAGGUCACGAGGAAGUUGUUGGACAUGCAGAUGCGUCUGUUUGGUCAGAGUGUGGAUGACAAAGUGGGCGUCUGUCCUCCUGGCUCUGAUAACAUUUACCUCCCUUACAUCACCAUGCUGAAGGAGAUCACGUUGAGGAUUGAUUCCAUGGAGAAUUCUGACAACAAGGACCAGCCGACAUCUUCAGUCGGGGGUCAAACUCUCCACCUAAUCUGAUGCUGAAGGCCUUUUAGUUCCAAGCGGACGUUUUUUUGGGAAAGUUUUAUGUGAACAACACACUUAGCAAUUAGCUCUGGACCUUUGAUGUUAUCAUCUUUACUGGGCUGUCAUAGAUGUGCAGGCUGUUACAGGUCUGUUUUAAUUUGCAAGGAGAAUUUCAAAAAUUGCAAAUAAAGUUGGAGAUGGUUCCCCCAUU